CAAACUAAACUCCUUUUUUUUUUUAAAACGACCCUGGCGUUUAUUACUAAACACAGUCACCCCGAUCUCACUGGAUAGGAGCAAUCAGAAAUCUUUUAACCCCCCUAAAAUAAUCCGACAUCAACAAACAAACAACAGAAAGACGGUUCAUGGCUCAAGCCAACGCUCCACCAUCUUUCAGACUGCAAAGAUUAUUGCCAUUCAAUCAACAGAUAUGGUUCGAAAAAAGAAUCUCCCUCUAAGAAACUUUGGUGGUGAAGGUGAAGCUCUGGAAUCGACAGGUACUGAAAGUGAGGACCCUGCUAGGAACAAAGGCCUUUCUUCAGAUCUCAUGCAAGAAGACAUCAGUCAGCGAGAUGAACUAGAAUCUGACAAAAAGGAGGAUCAUUAUAUGCAAGUCUCAGAGCCUUCUUCUAGCAUCAAAAAAGACUUGAAAAGCUCGGCAACGAGAGAAAGGCCUGGUUUCAAUUAUGAAAGCCACAAGAAGGGAGGAAAUGUUCCAUCCUUCCCCCAUGAUGAGGUGACAGACAGAAAUAUGCUAGCUCUCUCAACUCCAGCUGCUGGGGGAGUCUGUGAACUGCUGAAGUCUCCAGCAAGAUCAGAUCCAGAUGAUGGUGAAGACGGGGUCUGUGCCCAAUCUGAAGACCUUGGCGAGACAAAAGAGGCAACAGGCGGGGCUGUACAAGUUCAGUGUGGUCAGCUGGACCAUGAGAGCCCUGCCCUGGACAACUCUGUGGUCUCAGAACCCCCUCAAGUACCUUCUUUAGAGCUUAGUGAGGGUAUGGACAACGAAAUUCCAGAGGAUGCAGCACCUUUGUCUCCAAAGCUGCAGGACUUCAAAUGCAACAUCUGUGGUUACGGUUACUAUGGCAAUGACCCCACAGACCUUAUUAAACACUUCCGCAAGUACCAUCUUGGUUUGCACAACCGCACCAGGCAGGAUGCUGAACUCGACACCAAGAUCUUGGCCCUCCACAACAUGGUGCAGUUUACCCACUCCAAAGACUUUCAAAAGCUCAACCAUAGCAUGCUCACUGGGGUGCUUCAAGAUAUCAGCUCCCAGCGGCCCAUGGUACUGAAUGGGACUUAUGAUGUACAGGUAACUUUAGGAGGAACCUUCAUCGGCAUUGGGCGUAAAACCCCAGACUGUCAAGGCAACACCAAGUACUUCCGCUGUAAGUUCUGCAACUUCACCUACAUGGGCAGCUCCUCGACAGAAUUAGAACAGCACUUUAUAGCCACGCACCCAAACAAGGCAAAAACUCCCCCAGCAAGCAUUGACUCAAGCGACUAUAACAAACCAUCAGAGAAGAACUCUAACAAAGUCGACUGCUUGCCCUGCACCGUGGAGCCCAGUGAGCUAGGGAAAUGGCAGGACAGAAGCACCAUUAGGGCAGAAGAUGAUACCCCUAUCGGUUACUCUGUCCCAAUUAAACCCAUGGAUUCCCCCAGGCAGAACAGUACAGAUACUACUAGUUAUUACUGGUGUAAGUUCUGCAGCUUCAGUUGUGAGUCGUCCAGCACUCUAAGACUCUUAGAACAUUAUGACAAACAGCAUUGUGGAGGCAAGUCAGGAAACCCUAACAAAGAGGGCGGUGACAAAGUCUCAAGAGAAGCCCUCGUUAACCAAAACGAUAUGGGGAAAAAAACAGAUGGGGAACCGAUUAUCACCACGAGGAAGAAAGAGGUAACAAGUGAGGAAAACGUGGUGACCAGCUACAAUUGUCAGUUUUGUGAUUUCAGGUAUUCCAUGAGCCACGGUUCAGAAGUGAUUAUUGUUGGGCCUCUUUUGCGUCACUAUCAGCAGGUGCACAGUAUUCACAAAUGUACUAUUAAGCACUGCCAGUUCUGCCCUAGAGGACUGUGCAGCCCUGAAAAGCACCUGGGGGAAAUUACCUACCCGUUUGCCUGCAGGAAAAGUAAUUGUUCCCACUGUGCCCUCUUGUUGUUGCAGCUGUCCCCUGGUGUGACAGGGAGUGCCAAAGUUAAGCACCAGUGUGAUCAGUGCUCAUUUGCAGCUCACGAUGUCGAUAUGCUUUUGAUUCAUUAUGAGAACAUGCACAGCUCCCAGACGGCAAAGGAAGUCAAGCCUGAAGAUGAGCAGCCUGUGAAAGAUCAGGCACAAUUGUCAGUCAAAGAAAACAAGGAACACUCUUGCACCAAAUGUGAUUUUGUUACAGAGGUUGAAGAAGAGAUAUUUCGUCACUACAGGAGACUACACAACUGCUGCAAGUGUCGCCGUUGUAGCUUUACAGCAGUGGAAACCCAAGCUUUACUGGAUCAUUUCAACACAGUUCAUUGUCAGGAGAUGGAAUCAGUCACAGCCAAUGGAGGUGACCUUCCCAGCAAGAUGAGCAUUAAGGAAGAGUCAAAGAAUGACAUGAAAUUGUAUAGCUUGAUGUAUCCUGAGUCAAAACUGGUGGAUUCCAUCACUGAGGCAGCAGUAAAGAGAGAAACAUUUGAAGAGAAAGAAUUGCUCAAGGAUAAAGGCUGGAGUGAGACCACCAAUGAGCAAGGCCAAAAUAUUAUUUGGAUUCCCAAAGAGAGAGGCAUGGAUAUCUUAAGGGGGAGUCCUCCUUACGGGCAGGGUGGCUUGGGAUUGCUGACCGCUGUGUCUAUAAACCAGGAGCAACAGAAACCUCUCCGGGACACUCCCACCAUAGUCUUUGGGUUGACUGGAGAGUCUAAAACCUUACUGCAGGGAACAGCAGCAAGCAGUGGAGACAAAGCUGGUCAGCUUACUCCCCAGUAUUCUACAACAGGCGACAGUAAAUCGAAAGAGGAAUCACAGUCACUGUUACGGAGACGCAGAGGCUCCGGGGUGUUUUGUGCCAACUGCCUGACCACAAAAACCUCUCUCUGGAGAAAGAAUGCAAACGGUGGAUAUGUAUGCAACGCGUGUGGCCUGUAUCAGAAGCUGCACUCGACUCCAAGGCCCCUGAACAUUAUAAAGCAAAACAAUGGCGAGCAGAUCAUCCGAAGACGCACCAGAAAGCGCCUUAACCCUGACACACUUCCUUCGGAGCAGCUGAACAAGCAGCAGAGGGUAAACAGUGAUGAGCAAGUGAAUGGGAGCCUCCUGGAGAGAAGGCAAGAGGAACAUCCACCAGAAGUGCACCAGCGAGAGCUGCAGCAGACUAACUUGAGCAAGCUUGAGUCAUACAGCUCGGUAACCAAGCCCCACCCCACUCCGCAGGCCUUACUAGUCAGCCAAACUCUGGAGAUCCACAAAAGGAUGCAACCUUUGCACAUACACUUAAAAAACCCUCAGGAAAGCAGUGGAGAUCCUGGAAAUGGUUCGACCACAGCAGAGGGGAAGGGAAGCUCAGAGAGGGGUAGCCCCAUUGAAAAAUAUAUGAGACCCUCAAAACAUGCCAAUUAUUCUCCACCAGGAAGCCCAAUUGAAAAAUACCAGUAUCCUCUGUUUGGACUUCCAUUUAUACAUAAUGACUUGCAGAGUGAAGCUGAUUGGCUGAGGUUCUGGACUAAGUACAAGAUGUCUGUUCCCGGGAAUCCACACUACUUGAGUCAUGUCCCUGGCUUACCAAAUCCUUGCCAAAGCUUUGUGCCUUAUCCCACAUUCAGCCUCCCUCCACAUUUUUCAGCCAUCGGAUCAGACAAUGACAUUCCUUUGGAUCUGGCAAUUAAACAUUCCAGGCCGGACCCAACUAUGAAUGGAGCCACCAAUGAGAAGAGUACUUUGCCAAUGAAUGCAAAGGACGAGGGUCCAGUGAACAUCGAAAAAACUGAAAAGGUUGACAGAAGCACUCAAGAUGAGCUGUCGUCAAAGUGUGUUCACUGUGGCAUUGUCUUUCUUGAUGAAGUAAUGUAUGCUUUGCAUAUGAGUUGCCAUGGCGACAGUGGGCCCUUUCAGUGCAGCAUAUGCCAUCACUUGUGUGCAGACAAAUAUGACUUCACCACUCACAUACAAAGAGGCCUGCAUAGAAAUAUUGCACAGGUAGAGAAGAAUGGAAAUCUUAAAAAAUAAAAAUAGCACUUCUUAGCACAAAAAAGAAUAAUGUUUGCUAAAAGCUAAGCAGAAACUUGUACUGUCUUAGCAGUACGCAUAGCAAACUAGUUACAUUUAACACGUAAAGGUGUUCGUUUUAAUGCUAUUUGCCAUCUACACAUAUUGCGAUAAAUAAUUAAAACCUUUUUUUUUAAGGAUGUCUUAUUUUAGGAAAAUAUAGGUACAUGACCAUUCAUCAUUUAUUACGGGGUGUUACCUUAGGCUAGGCAGUCCAGCAAAGAUGGUACCUGCAAUCAAUUAAAUAAUAUCUGACACAAGUAAAGCCUGUACAUUUUAUUGUUAAUUUGCAUUCACUAUAGAUGAUGAAAAGUACAAUGUGGACACUGUGACACUGCAAAUACAAUUUAAGCCUGAAAAAUAUCAAGGCUUCUAAAAAUGACCAUUGCAAAAAACCCUCAGGGAAUUCACUGAACUGAGUCAAAGACACCGUUCCAUUUAACAG